AUGAUCGCUCGUGCCGCCUUCCGAUCCGCUCUCCGAGCCACCAAGGCUCCCAUUAGCCCUCUCGCUCAGAUCGGCGCUCGCCGUGGUUACGCCGAGGCCGUCAGCGAUAAGUUGAAGCUCAGCUUUAUCCUUCCUCACGAGGCCAUCUACAACUCGACCGAAGUUACCCAAGUCAACAUCGCCUCUUCCACAGGAGACAUGGGUAUCCUCGCCUCGCACGUUCCCGCCGUUGAAGAGCUCCGACCCGGUGUUCUCGAAGUCGUCGAGUCUUCCGGUACCAAGAAGUGGUUCGUUUCCGGCGGCUUUGCUACUGUUCACCCCAACAACAAGCUCGUUGUCAACGCUAUCGAGGCAUACCCUCUUGAGCAGUUCUCCCCCGAAGCUGUUCGUUCGGCACUUAGCGAGGCUCAGCGUGUCGCCAGCUCCGGUUCCAGCGCGGAGGCCAAGGCCGAGUCAGAGAUCGAAAUCGAGGUCUACACUGCUUUGCAGGCUGCUCUUGGCCGAUCGUAA